AUGAGCACGAGUGGCGACGGCGGCAACCCGUUCACUCGGUUUGCAUUCGGCUCGGCCGCUAAUAAGGCCCACAGCAGCGCCAAUGCAGCCGACGUCAAGGUGGAGCCCGACAGGCGACUAGAAUUGCUGCUGGAGUUGUAUAAAGCAAGGGAGCGCACGGUCACCCCCAUCGACGAGUUCGGGACGCACGCCUGCGUAGCUGAGGGCGUGAGCUGCGCCAAGGUGGAGCGCUUCCAGUUGCUGGUUGCUGCGUUGCUCAGCUCUCAGACGCAAGACCCGAUCACGUACGCGGCGAUGCAGCGUCUGCAUCAACUCGGAGAGAACGUCGAGGGCCUCACGAUUGAGACGUUGCUGGCUACGAGUGAGGAGGAGCUGAGCGAAGUGCUGAAGCCCGUGGGCUUCUACCACCGCAAAGCGCAGCAGCUCAAGCGCGUGGCUGCCAUCCUACGCACUCAAUUCCACGGCGACAUCCCCCGCUCACUGGACGAGCUGCAGCAGCUACCAGGCAUCGGACCCAAGAUCGGUCGAGUCAUCACUCUGCUGGCGUGGGGUCACGUCGACGGCAUCGUGGUGGACACACACGUGCAUCGCCUCGCUCAACGACUUGGCUGGGCGUCCACCUCGACCCCUGAAGACACGCGACGAGAGCUGGAGGACUGGAUCCCGCGCGAACACUGGGGGAAGCUGUCCCUCGCCGUCGUGGGCUUCGGCCAGACCGUGUGCACUGCCAAACACCCGUCCUGUUCGUCAUGUCCGCUAGCCCCCAAAUGCCCCAGCGCCUUCAAGAUCGAGCCAAAGAAGACCGAGACCAAGAAACACAAGAAGAUCUCCACCUAA